GUCGCGUUAAAGAUGCCAACUGCCGUGAAAGUUCAGAGAAGAAGCAGAAGAAGGGGAAGCCACAAUAAAGACGAGGUGAACUCUUGCUGACUGCACGUCGGUCUGUAAAUCCGUGCUUUAGCAUGCUGAGGGUCUGUUCAGGGUAUUGUCUCAUCAGGUCACACCCUCCCUUCUCUUCCCAGAAACAGUUCUAACGGUUCAAGAUGACGACUUCAUGGAGCGACCGUCUGCAGAACUAUGCCGACCUUCCAGCCAACAUGGAUGGCGUGGCCAUGAAGAAGUAUCGACGUGAAGCUCACCACAGAGUGUUUGUCAACCGGAGCUUGGCCAUGGAGAAGAUCAAGUGCUUUGGGUUUGAUAUGGAUUACACUCUGGCAGUGUAUAAAUCUCCUGAGUACGAGUCGCUGGGCUUCGACUUGACAGUGGAGCGCCUGGUGUCCAUUGGAUAUCCUCAAGAGCUGCUCAACUUUGUCUACGACCCCUCCUUCCCCACCAGAGGUCUGGUGUUUGACACAAUGUAUGGCAACCUGCUCAAAGUGGACGCCUAUGGGAACAUCCUGGUGUGUGUGCACGGAUUCAACUUCUUGAGGGGGCCUGACAUCAGAGAGAUGUACCCCAACAAAUUUAUUCAACGUGGAGACACAGACCGCUUCUACAUCCUCAACACACUCUUUAACCUGCCUGAAACCUACCUCUUUGCCUGCCUGGUUGAUUUCUUCAGUAACUGCUCCAGAUACACAAGUUGUGAGACUGGCUUCAAAGACGGCGACCUUUUCAUGUCCUACAAGAGCAUGUUCCAGGACGUCCGAGACGGCGUGGACUGGGUUCAUUUCAAGGGCUCCUUAAAAGAAAAGACGGUUGAAAACCUAGAGAAGUAUGUGGUAAAGGAUCUGAAGCUUCCUCUUCUCCUCAGUCGCAUGAAUGAAGUAGCCAAAGUAUUUCUGGCCACCAACAGUGAUUACAAAUACACAGAGAAAAUAAUGACCUACCUGUUUGACUUUCCUCACGGCCCAAAGCCAUAUUUGAGGAACUUCAGUCUCUGGAAUGCUUCCUCGCAGAGCUUUACAAGCAUCUGGACAGCAGCAGCAAUGAGAGGCCGGACAUCAGCUCACUGCAGAGACGGAUUAAGAAAGUGACCCACGACAUGGACAUGUGCUACGGCAUGAUGGGAAGCCUGUUCCGCAGCGGAUCCCGACAGACGCUGUUUGCCUCCCAAGUGAUGCGUUAUGCCGACCUGUACGCCGCCUCCUUCAUCAACCUGCUCUACUACCCCUUCAGCUAUCUGUUCAGAGCGGCACAUGUGCUGAUGCCCCACGAGUCAACGGUGGAGCACACCCACGUCAGCAUCAUCGACACGGAGUCACCGUUGGCCACGAGGAACCGCCACGACCUCGACCUUAAAGAGAUGGAGUGCAAACGGCACCAGCUGACCCGGUCCAUCAGCGAGAUCCAGCCCCCCCACUUCUUCCCCCAGCCUCCGCAGGAGAUCACCCACUGCCAUGACGAGGAUGAUGACGAGGAGGAAGAGGAGGAGGAGGAGUAGAGUCUGCAGAUGCUCUCACAUCCAGUACAUCCUGUUUUCAUGUUUUAAGAUGAGCUUUUCUUUGAUGACUAUAGGCCUGUGGCAGCAGAGCCUGGUCGUCAGAUCCUCCUUCGGACCCGGCCUUGAUAUGAACUACUGUACGUGGGAUGGUGAGAUUGAAAAUGAUGAGGAAGUGAAAGAGCAGAACUGUCUCACUCAGAUAGAGCGGCUGGUGGGUG